AUGGCGACUCCGCCUCCCGAGGUUCCUCCUGUCACGAAGGAGGACAAGCCUCAAUUGCCUCCGUCGCCUACUGGCCCUUCUGCGCCUGACUACCCACCUGACAGCGCGCAAAAUGUCGCAGUGAGUCUUAAAAGUGAUGGCCCCGCGGAUGUCGAGGUUAAAUCGCCUACGCUGAAUGGCCACACCCCUGUCGCGUCUUCGAACACCAAUGGCACAAUCGUUGCGACCUCACCGCCCAAGUCCCCCGAUAAUCAGCCCCCCUCAGAAAUGAUCCAGAACAAGCCAUCACCUGCCGGAUCUGCUCCACCCGUGGAGAGACAGCCGACCGAAGAAAAGAACAGCACUUCGCAGGUCCAGGAAUCUACCGCUCCUGCUGCAGCUAACGCUGCGGCUGAAAGUGCCGCUUCGUCCACCCAGGCUGUGGCACCCCCUCCCACAGUUCCUGCAUCCGCAGAUGGCCCCAACGAUACACCUGAGCCAAUGGCCAUCGAUACCAAGCAAGAUGUUUCGACUGCCGUGAAAACUGACCUGCCUCAUCAUCCUACCCCGGCCUCCGUACCACUUGCUCCCACUGCGCCGCAGCCCGUCGACCAAGAGAUGAAGGACGCAUCUGAGGCCCCGCUAUCUCCUUCCAAGAUUUCCCGCCAACGGGAUGCUGAUCUCAGCGAAGAACCAGCUCCCAAGCGUACCAAGGUCGAGGGCGAUGACUCGGUUAUUAACUUUCAGACACCGGGAUUCAACACUCCGGCUGCUGCAACACCUGGUCCAAACCGCACUAGUGGUGGACCAGGGCUCACCAAAAUGCAACACAAGUUCAUUUCGAAGAGCCUUACAAGCCUCAAGCGCAUGCACGAUGCGCGUUUCUACAAGGAACCCGUGGAUGCUGUCAAGUUGAACAUUCCGCAAUACCACACUAUCGUCACCCACCCCAUGGACCUGGGAACCAUGGAAAGAAAGCUCAGGAACAACCAAUAUUCUUCCCCCCAGGCAGUCGCAGAUGACUUUGCACUGAUGGUCAAUAAUACCACCAUCUUUAAUGGCCCAGACCACCUCGUCACCCAAGAGGGGAUCAAGCUGAAGGCGACCUUUGAGAAGCAAAUGACUAACCUUCCCAAGCCCGAAGAGGUUGAGGAGAGAAAACCAAAGAAACAGACAGAGAAGACGUCUGCUGCUCGCCGGGAGCACCGGACUUCUCUCCCAAGUCAGCCUAAAGCUGCCUCUCCCCAGUCUCAAACAUUUGCGUUAGGGCCCGAAGGUCUGCCCGUCAUCCGCCGCGAUUCUUCCAACCCCGAUGGUCGCCCCAAACGAUCCAUUCAUCCCCCGAAGCGUGACCUCCCGUAUUCUAGCAAGCCAAAGAAGAAGAAGUUCCAAUGGGAAUUGCGAUUCUGCCAGGAAGUCUUGGAUGAGCUGCACAAACAAAAGCACUACAGCUGGGUGAUGCCUUUCUAUUACCCCGUGGAUCCCGUUGCUUUGAAUAUCCCCACAUACCACAGCGUUGUCAAGAAGCCGAUGGAUCUGUCGACCGUUCAAACCAAACUCAAGGCCGGCCAGUAUGAAAACGCCAAAGAGUUCGAGAACGACGUCCGCCUCAUUUUUAAGAAUUGCUACCGCUUCAAUAUCCCUGGUGACCCUACAUUCAUCUGUGGUCAGCGAGCUGAAGAAAUCUUCAACGCAAAGUGGGCCCAGAAGUCGGACUACCUCGAAGCGCAUGAACCACACCCCGAGCAGAACACUGAUUCUUCUGAUGAAGAUAGUGACGAGGAUGCAGAAGAGAGCGAAGAAGACGACGAGAAACUCACGUUGCUUCAAAAGCAAAUUGCUGAGAUGUCUCGUCAAGUCGAGGCUAUUACCAACAAGAAAAAGAAGACUCCUCCUUCCUCCAAGAAGGUUGGCAAGACCAAGCUUGCUAAGAAGGAUUCUAAGAAAAUCAGCUCUGGAAAGAGAGACAAGAAGAGCAAGAGUUCUCUACCUGGCAAGACCCGCGCCAUCACCUACAACGAGAAACAGAUCAUCUCGAAUGGUAUCAGUAGUCUUCCCGAUAAGAGGAUGCAGCAAGCCCUUCAGAUUAUCCAGAACAAUGUUCCUCAACUCAAGGGUACCGAUGAAGCUGAAAUUGAGUUGGAUAUCGACGAGCUCCCUAACGAUGUCUUGCUGAAGCUGCUUAACUUCGUGAAGAAGCACGUCCCGAAUCUCAUGGAUGAUGAAGACGAAGAUGAUCUCCCUGCCAGCAGUGUGGCACCUCCCAAACCCAAGAAGAACAAGCCAAUGAGCAAAUUUGAGCAGGAAGCGCAGAUCAACAUGCUGCAGAGCAACCUUUCGCGUUUCCAGGGUGGUCCUCACUCCCCCGACCCAGUGGCCUCGGUUGAGCACAACGAAAGCAGCGAUGAUGAGUCUGAUUCGUCCGAGGAGGAGAGCGAGGAGGAGUAA